AAUUGCGUAAGCUCUAACGUAAACAUUACGGAGGCUAGCAGUUAUCAAAUCACUCGGCUAUAUUGAGAAAUGGCAACGAAACUGGAGUUCUGUGGAGAUUUAUGGAUCUGACGUUUAACAAGUUGAUACGUAUGCUUCAUCCCUAAGUCUCGAUCGGCGUUCACCAUGUCGUCUCGUGUUUUGCUGCGGCAGCAGCUCAUGAGGGAGCAAGCUCAGGAGCAGGAGAGGCGCGAGGCCCAGCAGCAGGCCUCGGCCUCCCAGCUCCGCGCCUCAGAAUCCACUCCAGCCAUCUCUGUGUCCCUGCAUCUAAAUGCUGCUCGUCCCCCACCAGCACAAGUGCCUGUGGAGGUGCUUAAAGUGCAAACCCACCUGGAGAACCCCACAAAGUACCACCUCAAGGAGGUACAGAGCCAGCAAUUGAAGCAGUACCUCUCCACCACGUUGGGAAAUAAGGCAAUUACUCGGAGCCUUGGUGUGUCUCCUGUACCGCAGUCCAAUUCUGCCCCUGAAGUUGCCCACGCAGCCAGCAGUGCCCCCAACAGUCCGAUGGCACUGCUCAACAUCGGAUCCAACAAGGAGGAAAUUGACGAUGUGAUUGACGACAUCAUUAGCCUUGAAUCCAGUUUUAAUGACGACAUCAUUACAUUUAUUGACCCGGGCCUCCAGCUGCCCAGCACGCUCCCCGGAAAUCAUCUGGAACUCUACCACAGCCCCGGUGUGGCAGCACCCACUCUCACCGUCAGCAAUUCCUGUCCUGCCGAUCUUCCAAAGAUUAAAAGGGAAAUGACAGAUUCAGACACCAAAGCUAUGUUGAAAGAAAGACAGAAGAAAGACAACCAUAACCUCAUUGAGAGGAGGCGAAGAUUCAACAUCAAUGACCGCAUCAAAGAGCUGGGUACUUUGAUACCAAAGUCAAGUGACCCAGAGAUGCGCUGGAAUAAAGGCACCAUCCUGAAAGCCUCUGUGGACUACAUCCGAAAGUUACAAAAGGAGCAGCAGAGAGCCAAGGAUGUUGAAGUGCGACAGAAAAAGCUGGAGCAGGCCAACCACAUCCUGAUGUUGCGGAUCCAGGAGCUGGAGAUGCAGGCCCGGCUCCAUGGCCUCUCAACGCCCGCUGGCAUUUCAGCAGAUCUAAACUCUGACCCUUCCCUGCAGCCACAACCGGUUUCACAAAGCGGCCAGGCGCUGCCUCCAAACACAGGAGUCACAGCACAUCAAAACCUCAUGGGCCUCGCAGCCAUUGGAGCCUCUAUGCCAACCUCCUUCCUGUCCCCGCCCUCCUCCGACUCGCCUGCAGGAGUCACCAUCAGCAGUCCUCUGGAUCUCGGCAGCCUGACCUUUGCCGAGCUCGAUGACACCUCAGCGACCGCGCUUUACCCCGACGUGGGUUUAGGAGACAUUCUCAUGGACGAGGGGUGCGCCCUGUCUCCUGACCGGGUGGACGAGUCACUGUUUUCCCCCUUGUCACCAGGUGCCUCUAAAACCAGCAGCCGCAGAAGCAGCCUUGACAUGGACGAGGACUUAUGAUGCGCUCUGUGUGCUCAGAGAGUUGACAGCGACAGGAACAUCAGGAAAGGCAGUCUGUCCUCCAUAGCGUGAACCUCUGUACAGGACUGUAGCGCUGGACUUUCAAGUAGAAACUAAACUAAUAAGAUGAAAUGAGUACUAACUUCCAUUUUGGAUCAAAACAUAGUGAGUUCCUAAUUUUCCUUUUGCCAUACAGACCUAAUUACUAUUAUUCCUACUUGGAACAGCUCAACUGAUUAUGUUUAAAGAAACAAACUUAUUCAAAUGGAAUAUUGUAAAUUAAGUAGAAGCAGGAUUAGACUUAUACAUUCUUAAAAAGUUUUAAGAUCUAUUAAAAAAAGAGGGAUAUAUAAAUGUUUGGCUUGAAUUUAUUAGAUGCUUUUAUUAUUUGUAUGGAAGAAAGCUGUGAGGUUACUUUUUAAUAAGAAUUAAGAAUAUUAGAAUAACAAACUUAUGCAGAGAUGCCACGAUGCGUCGUUUUUUUAAUUUCUCAAGCCAACUGGAGUCAGGGGUUUUUUGCCGAUUGCUUUCAUCUGUGCUUCACCAGCAGCUAUAGAAGGGAUCGUAAUAAAGUGAAUUGGCAUGUGAACACAUUCACCACAAGUUGUAAAUAAGAAUUUUAUAUUUUCAGCAACUUCCUUGCACCUUACUUCGUGACAGUCUAUGCAUUUUAUGAGAGCUUUUGUUUAUUUUACUAUAACGCAACAGAGCGCUGUGGUCCAGUUUUCAUGUCAUCAAGCUGACAAGUAGGGAAAAUAAAAAAAUUGCUGCUGCAGCUAGUGAGCCAAAGCAGAAAUUCUUCAAGAGUAGCUACGAAAAAAAAUAGCAAAUCAUUUCAUUUUGAAAUGCAUUCUGUGGUGGAAAAUGCAGAACAAUGUUAUACUUUUUUUUUUAAAUAUCUGAUCAUUUGAUAAUUGCUUUUUCAUAACUAAUAUCUGUAUUUGUCAGUGAUCGUUUGUCUCAUUUUAUCUAUCGCUGGAUGAUUUUUAACUGUCGUCAUGUUUUAUGAUUGGUUUUUGAUUUUUGAUUAGAUAGCUGACAAUGCAUAACUGUUGCAUAAAGUAUAAAUUUGAUAUUGGACUCCUUGAAACCACUAGUCUCACCUCCCUUUUAUAAUAUAAUAAUGACUAUUUGAGUGGAAACUGCAAUACAAUCGUUCUAUUAAAUAAAGAGUUUAGUGUUUUGUUUUUUUGUCUGAUGCUUUUAAAGGACCUUAUGUACAGUAAAUGGAUGUGUUUUGCAAAAGCACAUGCAUAAUUUUUAUUGUUUUUUUUUAACACUGUACUUCUCUAAGAGGCAGAUGAUGAUUAUGUUGUUUUUACUCCCCCAUUCAAAGCACCUAUGGUCAGCUUUGUCUUGUUAUAUGCAAGGACUCUGUAAAGUGAUAAGAGUGCUAACAUCGACUGUUAAUACAUGUAGCACGCCUGUUCCCACUGACUGGCUUCCAGAAGACUCUAUCAAAUAAAUGGUUUCUUGUCGCUUCA